AUGGCCAAACCUUUCUUCAGACUCCAGAAGUUUCUCCGCAGAACACAGUUCCUGCUACUUUUCCUCACAGCUGCCUACCUGAUGACUGGCAGUCUGCUGCUCCUGCAGAGAGCCAGAGUGACCCUCCCGCAGGCCUUCCGGUCUCCUGGCAGCCUACAGGCCUUGCCAGUGGCCACUGUGGCACUGGGUGUGGGCCUUCUGGAUGGCAGGAACCUUCAUGACCCCCAUAGUAGCCCUGACCUAAUACUUGAUGUGGACACACUGAGGAGUCCUCUGGCCCGACUGCCACCUGGAAUCCGCUGGCCCCGGAGGAACCGAAGCUCACUGAGGCGGCGCUGGCUCCACCACCUCACCAGUGACCCUCAGGUGCCACCCACCCUGGGCCCUGAGGCCCCUGGACCAGCGAGUCGCAGCCAAGGUACUUACCUGGGAUGCUUCAGUGAGGAGGGCCAGGAGAGAACUCUGAAGGGGGCAGUAUUUUAUGACCUGAGAAAGAUGACCGUGUCCCACUGCCAGGAUGCCUGUGCUGAGCGGUCUUAUGUCUAUGCCGGCUUGGAGGCUGGUGCAGAGUGCUACUGUGGGAACCGGCUACCAGUCACACGUGUCAGCCUGAAGGAAUGUAACCAGGAGUGCAAGGGGGAGAAGGGCACCUUUUGCGGGGCUGUUCGUCGGCUCUCUGUGUACAGUGUGGGGCUGCAGCAGCCAGGCUCCAGGAAGCGGCGGACUGCCACUUACCGAGGCUGCUUCCCACUGCCAGAGAACGUCACCCACACCUUCUCCUCCUCCCUGACACAGGCCAGUGUGACUGUGGAGACAUGCUCUGGAUUUUGUUCCCAGAAAGAGUUUCCUCUGGCCAUCCUCCGGGGCUGGGAUUGCUACUGUGCCUACCCUACCCCCCAGUUCAGCCUGCGGGAUGCUGUGGAUGGAGCAUUAUGCAACCAGGCCCCUGAGGCUCAAGAUCUACCUGGCUACUGUGAGGUCUACCAGACACCUGUACAAGACACCCGGUGCACAGACAGGAGGUUCCUGCCCGACAAGUCUAAGGUGUUUGUGGCUCUGUCGAGCUUCCCAGGAGCUGGGAACACAUGGGCAAGGCACCUGAUCGAACACGCCACUGGCUUCUACACAGGAAGCUACUACUUCGAUGGAACCCUGUACAACAAGGGGUUCAAGGGUGAGAAGGACCAUUGGCGGAGCCGGCGCACCAUCUGUGUGAAGACACAUGAGAGUGGCCGGAGGGAGAAUGAGAUUUUCCCCUCCUCCAUCCUGCUGAUCCGGAACCCAUACAGAUCUCUAGUUGCCGAAUUCAAUAGGAAAUGUGCUGGACACCUGGGCUAUGCCCCUGACCACAACUGGAAGAGCAAAGAAUGGCCGGACUUUGUGAACAGCUAUGCCUCCUGGUGGUCCUCACACGUCCUAGACUGGCUCAAGUAUGGGAAGCGGCUGCUGGUUGUGCACUAUGAGGAGCUGCGGCACAGCCUGGUGCCCACACUGCGGGAGAUGGUGGCCUUCCUCAACGUCUCUGUGAGUGAGGAACGGCUUCUCUGUGUGGAGAACAACAAAGAGGGCAGCUUCAGGCGGCGUGGCCGGCGCCCUCAUGACACAGAGCCCUUCACCCCGGAGAUGAAGGACUUGAUCAAUGGCUAUAUCCGGACAGUGGACCAGGCUUUGCGUGACCACAACUGGGCUGGGCUGCCCAGGGAGUAUGUACCCAGAUGA